AUUUAACGAGGAGGAUGUGUCAAGUUAAAGCGCCAAGAGCAAGUGCACACGGUUGUGAAGGAGGAGAAGGAGAAGGAGAACCAGAUGAAGGAAGCGCUGGAGAUACAGAUGGGAGGGACAGCGUGAGACCCCAUCAGCGGCAGGUGACGGCCCUGCGUGAUGAGAUACAGUCUAAACAGGAUCUCGUCGAUCAGCUGAGAGAUCAGUCACAGAAGCUGGCUCUAUCACAGGAGAAACUGCAAGCUGACUAUGACAAGCUGAAAUCAGAGGAGGCAGAGAAGGCUGCUAAGCUACAGGAGAUAAUGAUAGAAAUUAAGCAUAAGCUGACCCAGAUAAUUCUCCUCAGAGACUCCCUCGGAAUGCCCAAUUGUUGGCUGCGCCAACGUAACGACUUCUUUGGACUGNUGAUUUCGUAA